AUAUAAACGUUGAAACGCCAAUGAUAGAUGGCGGAAUUUAGGUCAACUUAUAUAUAUAUAUAUAUAUUCUUUCUCGUAUAAUAUGGAAAGUUACAAAUAAUAAAGUAUAAAAGGAUUGGCCUCUUUAUUACAAUUUUACAAAAUGUCUCGUCAUCGCGACAUACGAUGCAUGAAUUAUUCAGAAGAAUAUGAAGGUUAUGAUGAUGUUUAUGGACAUUCAGUAGAGGAUGACUACUGUGUAUCCCCUAGUGCUGAACAAUUUUUAUUUGAUCGAAGUAAACAACAAAAUAUUGCAUCUUUCAUUACGGAACCAGAUAUAGUAGAAGAUAAUGAAGAUAAUGAGGAACUUCCAAUAUCUUUAAAUGAAGAAGAUAUAGUACUUACAGAAAUUGAAUGGGCUAAACUUAUGUCAUGCAUGGAAUCUAUCAAAAGUGUUAUAGGAGAUACAAUUUCGGAAUCUGAAAUUAAAAAGAAAAUUAUUCAAUCAAAAUUUGAUACUGAAUUAGCAAUUGAUUUAAUUUUAAAAGAAUCUUCAAAAAUUACUGAUUCAUCUAUAAUUAAUAAAAAUAAUUUGGAACUUCAUUCAGAUGCUGCAUCAAUUAAAUCUCAUUCUAAUUCAUUUAUUAUACCUAAAUUAUCAUUUAAUAAACAAGAGAAUAUUGAAGGUAAAAAAUCAUCCAAAUCUACAUUUCAAGUUACAACAUCUUCUAAUGUGAAAAUCAUUCCUGCUGGAAAACGACCUAUUGUAAAAGGCUUUAAUGUAGGCGGAAUUGAGAAUACAGAUGUAAUGAAUCUUCAUAUUGAGAGUCCUCGCUCUCAAAGUCCAUAUUCUGAUUAUAAUAGCCCAGAAAUAAAAAAGAAGGAAAAUUUAUUGAAGGACAAAAAGACUAUUUCUUUGAAUAUAAAUAGUCCACGAUGUCAAUCUCCAAUAUCAGGACAUCAAACACCUGAUUUGGAUUCUAAAUUAAAAGUUAAUGAAGAGAAAAUUGAUAUUUUGAAGAUUUAUAAAGAUAAAAGAGGAAAUAGCAAAGAACAAUUACAUUUAAUUGUAGUUGGUCAUGUAGAUGCUGGUAAAAGUACUUUAUUAGGAAGGCUUUUAUGUGACUUAGGACAAGUUCCAUCAAGGUUAAUACAUAAAUAUCAACAAGAAAGUAAAAAAAUAGGAAAACAAUCCUUUGCUUAUGCAUGGGUUCUUGAUGAAACAGGAGAAGAACGAGAACGUGGAAUAACAAUGGAUAUUGGUCAUUCUAAAUUUGAAACAAAAACAAAAUCUAUUACUUUAUUAGAUGCACCUGGUCAUAAAGAUUUCAUACCUAAUAUGAUUACUGGUGCUACUCAAGCAGAUGUUGCUUUAUUAGUAGUAGAUGCUACUAGAGGAGAAUUUGAAACUGGUUUUGAUAGUGGUGGUCAAACUAGAGAACAUGCAUUAUUAUUACGUUCAUUGGGUAUAUCUCAAUUAGCAGUAAUAGUAAAUAAAUUAGAUACAGUAGAUUGGUCAAAAGAGAGAUUUGAUGAAAUAGUGAGCAAAAUAAGCAUAUUCUUGAAACAAGCCGGAUUUAAAGAUAAUGUCAUCUUUGUUCCUUGUAGUGGUCUGUCUGGUGAAAAUAUAUUAACAAAACCUAAAGAAUCUUUAUCUAAUUGGUAUAAAGGACCUACAUUAGUGGAUGUUAUUGAUAAUUUUAAAUGUCCUGAACGUCAUAUGAAUAAACCAUUUCGUUUUUCAAUUAAUGAUAUAUUUAAAGGUACAGGAUCUGGAUUCUGUGUUUCUGGUCAUGUAGAAACAGGAAUGAUAUCUUUGGGUGAUAAAAUUUUAAUAUUACCAAGAAACGAAACUGCAGUGAUUAAAAAUUUACAGAUAGAUGAAAUAUCUAUAACAAAUGCAUUUGCUGGAGAUCAAGUUUCCUUAACAUUAUCUGGAAUUGAUCAACAAAAUGUAGGAAUUGGAGAUAUUAUUUGUAAUCCUCAAAAUCCAGUUCCUGUAACAUUAUGUUUCCAAGCGCAUAUUGUUGUAUUCACUGUAAAAGUACCAAUUAUAAAAGGUCUUCCUAUAGUAAUUCAUCAACAAUCUUUAGUUCAACCUGGUGUUAUUACUAAAUUAAUAGCACAACUUCAUAGAACCACUAGUGAAAUGAUAAAAAAGAAACCACGUUGCUUACCAAAAAAUUCAAGUGCUAUUAUUGAAAUUACAAUGCAAAAUCCAAUUUGUAUGGAAUUAUAUAAAGAUAUUAAACAAUUGGGUAGAGUUAUGUUACGUGUAGAAGGAACAACUAUUGCAGCUGGUUUAGUUACAAAAAUUAAAUAAUAAUAAAUUUAUUAUAUAUUUGUAAUUCUCAUUUUAGAAAUACAUUAUUAUUUUUA